AAAGUUCGCAUUCAAACGUCCUAUCGCAAAUUUCCCUAGCAGACUUGUGUAAGCAAGUAGGUAGCCGCCCUGCAUUGUGCUACGGGCGGGCACCUGGGCGGGCAUGGCCAUGCCGCCAUGCCCCAGCAUAAAAGCCCUGGCGUCAGCCUUGAAAAAGGAGAUUGGUCGACUUGCCAGAGGUUGUGCUCUGCAGAAUGCCGAUUGUAGUCACCAAGCAUGUGGGCAGCUGGUGGAAAUUCUGUCGGUGGAGCGACGAGUGGGCUGUGAAGGAUGCCGCGUAAAGAGAUCACAUUCAGAGGUCCAUCCCACAGCAUUGCCUGUCCUGGCAGCUACUCAAGCAAUUGGUUCCACUGUCACAGUGCUCGCAUUGGUAAACCCAUUUAUAGAACCAACACAGAAAGAGAACUUUCUGGGUCCUAAUCCAGCUGUCGCUUGCUCAAUGCCAGCUCACGUUGCAAGCAGGAAAUUUCAACCAGCUGCUAGCGGAGGCCGUUUGCUCCCUUCUCUCACACCACUUUAUGCCCACUUUUCUGGCAAACGGACAGCUGCCACCUGGGUGAAAGGGCCGCCCCCACCUGUCAGCAUCGCAGACUGGCGGGCAGAAAUGGACGCUCAGGAGCCAAUGCGAUCAACGCUCAAGUAUUUGGAGAAGUUCACUAACUAUGAGCGCAAGGGCGUGCCGAAAGGAGCGGGGACCAAUUCUGACGAGGGCUUUCCCCUGCGCCGGAUGGAGCUUCUGAUGCAGCGGCUGGGAGACCCGGUGUCACGACUCAAGGUGGUGCAUGUUGCGGGCACCAAAGGAAAAGGCUCCGUCGCUGCCCUUUUGGGCUCAAGCCUCCGGAGGGCGCAGCUGAGAGUCGGUACUUACACCAGUCCGCACUUCCUGACUGUGAGAGAGCGCAUCACGAUCGACGGCGUGCCGAUCUCACCGGAAGCGUUCGCAGCCCUCGUUGCAGCACACCGAUCGGUCCUUGAUGAGAUGCGCGACUUGGAGGGGGUGACGCAUUUCGAGGUGCUCACGGCUCUGGCGUUCAAGCACUUCGAAGAGGAGGGAGUAGACAUUGCAAUCAUGGAGGCCGGUCUCGGCGGCGCACGCGACGCCACAAACGUGAUCCCCCCACAAUCGCUGCUUUUGGCCGUCAUUACUGCGAUCCACGAGGAGCAUCUCGAGGCGCUGGGGGGAUCCCUCGAAGCGAUCGUGCACGCCAAAUGCGGAAUCAUCAAAGAAGGGCGGCCGGUGAGUUUUAGGGCUUAG